AUGGCAGAGAAAAAGUUACCUCUACAUCAAGCACAGAAUACAGGCAUGCCUAACGGACAGCACAACAAGAUGGACCUCAACAACUUCCUACAAAGCCUUCCCAACGGGUCGCUCCUCAAGGCGUCAGGUGCUAGCUGGGGCAUGGCCGAAAAAGGCCCUGACCACGACCGCAUCUGGCGUGCUACUCUUACAAUUGCUGGGCGGACUUGGCACGGAGAGGCCAGGACCAAGCGCGACGCAGAGGACGUUGCGGCGGCGGAAGCGCUCGCGGCGCUGAAGAACCAGUAG